GACUGCCACCGCGUCCACAGCCCUCGCCCUGCUGCUUUGCCUGGGUCUGGACCUGCUUUAGCUUCUUCUGGAAUAACUCACCUUUUCUCAUAUUUUCAGCUCUUGUUGAUUGGUGGAUUUGUCUUUAUUCUCGAGCUGGUAAAGUAAAGGACAGUGAUUGUAAGGUGGCGGAGUGUCCCUCAGGAUGUCAGGAUCCUUACACGUGACACAGAAGCAGCAUCUGCAUCACCAGCAAGAGAAGCUGCAUCACCAUGAGAAGCUGCAUCACCAUCAUGAGAAGCUAGAGCACCAUCAUGAGAAGCUAGAGCACCAUCAUGAGAAGCAGCAGCUCCAGCAUGAGAAGCUGCAUCACCAUCAUGAGAAGCUAGAGCACCAUCAUGAGAAGCAGCAGCUCCAGCAUGAGAAGCUGCAUCACCAUCAUGAGAAGCUAGAGCACCAUCAUGAGAAGCAGCAUCACCAGCAUGAGAAGCUGCAUCACCAGCAUGAGAAGCUGCAGCACCAGCAUCACUAUGAGAGCCGCUCUCACCUGAGCAGCAAGUCAUCUUUUAGCCAGCAGGCGUUCUCCUCUCACAAGGCCACCAGCCAUCGUCAGAAGACCUCUGUGAAGACAGAGACGGGGCAAGAGGUGCUUAAACUGAGCCCGCUACCCAAGAGAGCCAAACGCACCUACCUGGCAAUGGACAAGGACAAAGAAGUUAUUGGCUAUGUCAUUCCUAUGUUUAGAGCCAAUCAUGAAACGGUUCGGGGUCUGAUGGAGAAUCAGGAGGAACACGCUACAGAGGAGGGGAUCAACUAUGUGGCCAUGAGGAACCUGUUUGUCAGGGAGGCCAAGGAGAGUACGGAGGUCAAAGUGGAGAAGAAAACCAGAAGUAUGCAUAUCAGGGAGUCUGCGGACCGCAUGGAAAUGACCAAGACGAUGGAGGAAUGGUCAGAGUUUCGCAAGAAAAUGAACCCAGACAGCCUGACGCACGCUCCGGAGUAUAUCGUCAAGCCCCGUGGACAGACUGUCUGGGAGGGCAAGACGAUCACGCUGCACUGCACGGUGGCCGGAUGGCCCAAACCCAGGAUUGCCUGGUACAAAAAUAAUGUGCUCAUCGAUGCCAAGGCUCACUCCCAUAAAUUCAGAGCUGAAAGCAGUUACAACAUGCACUCCCUGGAGAUCAAGAAUUGUGAUUUCCUGGACACUGCUCAGUAUCGCGUAUCCGCCCUUAAUAUAAAAGGGGAAGUUUCUUCUGUGGCCACUGUUGUUGUUAAAAGGUUCCAGGAUGGUGAGGAAGCAGGUCCACUUGAUCCUAAACCACAUGGUUUCUCCCCUGAGCAUGGUGUUACUUUUAACACCACUAUGAUUGAGAAAUUUGAAGUGGGCUUCGGCACUGAGGGGGAGACAUUGAGUCUGGGAUGCACCGUCAUAAUUUACCCAACUGUGAAAAAAUACCAGCCUGACGUUGUGUGGUACAGAAACUCUGUACCCUUGAAGCCUUCUAAAUGGGUGCACACCCACUGGACUGGGGAACGUGCUUUUCUCACUCUCACCCACCUUAACAAGGAAGAUGAGGGCAUGUACACCCUUCGCGUCAACACCAAAUCUGGCUUUGACACCCACUCCGCCUACGUGUAUGUCAGAGAUGCUGAAGUGGAGGUAGAAGGGGUUCCUGUGGCCCCCCUGGAUGUGCACUGUCAUGAUGCCAACAAGGACUAUGUGGUGGUGACCUGGAAGCAGCCAGCGGUGGAGGGCAGCAGCUCCGUCCUGGGAUAUUACAUCGACAGGUGUGAGGUGGGCACCCAUCACUGGGCUCAGUGUAACGACAACCCCGUCAAGUACGCCCGCUUCCCUGUCACGGGACUGGUAGAGGGCCGUUCCUACGUCUUCAGGGUUCGAGCCUUGAACAAGGCAGGUGUCAGCCGGCCGUCUCGCGUCUCUGACGCCGUGAUCGCCAUGGAUCCACACGACAGAGCUCGACUCAGAGCCGGGCCGUCAGCACCUUGGACAGGGAUGAUUAAGUUCACUGAGGAGGAUUGCACUGUGGGUGUCGUCCCCGGAGAACCCGCUGAUGUCGUGGUCACAGAGGCGACCAAAAGCUAUGUGGUGCUCGCCUGGAAGCCCCCCUUGCAGAAGGGUCACGAAGGAGUCAUGUACUACAUUGAGAAGCGCGUUUCAGGGACCGACGACUGGCAGCGGGUGAACACCGGCAUGCCAGUCAAGUCUCCUCGCUUUGCACUUUUUGACCUGGCUGAAGGUAAAUCCUACAGCUUCCGUGUUCGUUGCUGCAACUCGGCCGGUGUGAGCGAGGCCUCCGUCUCCACGGAGGAGAUCAUCGUUGGGGAUAAACUUGACGUGCCGGCGGUUCCUGGCGAUCCUGUGGCUGCCAGGAACACAGACACCUCUGUGGCGGUCUUCUGGGCGGCCUCUAAGGAUGUGAAGCACUUGGCUGGCUACUACAUUGAAUGCAGCGUGGUGGGAACUGACGUCUGGAUGCCUUGCAACAACAAACCUGUCAAGCAAACCAGGUUUGUUUGCCAUGGCCUCUCUACGGGGCUGAACUACGUGUUCAAGGUAAAGGCAGUGAAUGCUGCUGGAUACAGCCUGAGCUCCUCCAUCUCCGAGGCUGUGGUCGUCAAGGCCGCCGUCGCAACACCCAGGCAGCCCACCGGCGUCACCCUGCACGAGGCUGUCAAGGACUACAUGGUGCUGGGCUGGAACGCACCUGCUGAUGACGGAGGAGCCGAUAUCAGAGGAUACUUUGUGGACUACAGAUCUGUGAAGGGAGACGUGUAUGGGAAAUGGCAUGAAAUGAACCUCCAGGCUUUGACCACAACCUCAUAUAAAGCUGAAAACCUGAAGGAAAACGUCUUGUACCAGUUCCAAGUGCGUGCAAUGAACAUGGCAGGUGUGAGUAAAGCCUCUCAUGCCAGUGCAGCGUUUGAAUGCAAGGAGUGGACCAUCACUGUUCCAGGUGCUCCUGUCCAUCUGCACGUGCUGGAGGUUCGUGACACCACUGCUGUGGUCCUGUGGGACAAACCUGUGUUUGAGGGUCGCAGUCCUGUCACUGGUUACUAUUUGGAUAUCAAGGAGUCCUCGGCCGGGGAGAAAGGCUGGAAGGCUGGUCACGAGAAACUCAACAAGAGGAAGUACAUGAAGGUGACUGGGCUGAAGGCUGGAACAUCCUACGUCUUCCGUGUGCGUGCCGAAAAUCUUGUUGGAGUUGGAAAGCCCUCAGCACACUUAGGUCCAAUCCUGGCCCAGACUCGCCAUGGCAUCAAAGAGAUUUAUGUGGAUGUGGAUGAUGAUGGUGUGAUUUCUAUGGUCUUCGAGUGCUCUGAGAUGAACCAGGACUCUAAAUUUGUUUGGUCCAAGAAUUACAAGGAAAUCACAGACUCGUCCCGUCUGACUGUUGUCACCGAAGGGGGCAAAUCUAGGGCUAUCUUCAACAACCCCUCCAUGGAGGAUCUGGGCACGUUCUCCUGUGAGGUCACCAACACUGACGGCUUCUCCUCCAGCUACACACUCACUGAGGAGGGUCUUCUGCGUCUUCUGGACAUUAGCUACGACCAUAAGUUCCCUGUUAUUCCCUUUAAGAGUGAAAUGGCCAUGGAGCUACUUGAGAAGGGCCGUGUGCGAUUCUGGACUCAGCUGGAGAAAUUCACCGCUGACUGCCAUGUGGAGUACGUCUUCAAUGAUGUCAUUGUUGAGCAAGGAAAGAAAUACAAUAUGAGUUUCGACAAGUCCACCGGCAUCAUUGAAAUGUUUAUGGACUCCCUGGAAGUCACGGACGAGGGAACGUUCACGUUUAACCUGGUGGACGGCAAAGCAAAGGGCACAACCAGUCUGGUGCUGAUCGGAGAUGAAUUCAGGGAGCUUCAAAAGAAAUCAGAGUUUGAGAGAGCAGAAUGGAUCAGAAAACAAGGUCCCCACUUUGUUGAGUACCUCGAUUUUGCUGUCACUCCAGAGUGUGAUGUGCUGCUGAAAUGCAAGAUUGGAAAUAUUAAAGAACAGACUGAGAUCAUUUGGGUAAAGGAUCGCAUUGAAAUUACAGAGGAUGAUGAGGACGCGAAGAAAAUCGAGAAAAAGGACAGCGAGCUGACCUUUAAUAUUGGAAAGUGGGUUAUUAAGGAAGAGAAAACAGAGAAAAGGAAAAAAUCACCAGCAGAGGACGCUCGCCAACCACCAAGACCUAAAAUCUCCAAGCACGAUGUAGGUGUUUACGAAAUCUCCUUGAAGGACGAGAGGGGCCAAGAUAAGAGCUCCUUCAACCUGACGGGUGCAGGAUACGAGGCUGUAAUGAAUGAGCUGUUCAGGGUUAUUGCCCACUCUUCCAGUGAAGUACAAGUUCUCAGCACUGAACACGGCAUCGUUCUCCACUCUACGGUCACAUAUUACGAUGAGAACCUGAAUGUUGGGUGGCUUCACAAAGAUUCAAAGAUUGCAGCUUCAGAGAGAGUUAAGGCUGGAGUCACAGGAGAGCAGCUGUGGCUUAAGAUCAAUGAACCCACCGAGAAGGACAAGGGCAAAUACACCAUGGAUAUCUUUGAUGGCAAGGACGGCGUUAAGAGAGCCUUUGAGCUGAGUGGCAAGGCAUGGGAGGAAGCAUUUGAAGAAUUCCAAAGGCUCAAAGCUGCAGCACAUGCAGAAAGAAACCGCGCUCGUGUCGUUGGAGGCUUGCCAGAUGUGGUUGCAAUCCAAGAGGGCAAGUCUCUGAACUUGACUGGCAAUGUGUGGGGCGAUCCCGUACCUGAGGUAACCUGGACGAAGAAUGAAAAGGAGCUGGUCACCAACGACCACUACAAACUCAAAUUUGAGCAUGGCAAGUUUGCCAGCAUCACGAUCGCUGCUGUCACCACAGCUGACUCUGGCAAAUACGCCCUCGUGGUCAAGAACAAGUACGGCACAGAAGCUGGCGAGUUCACCGUCAGUGUGUACAACCCAGAGGAGGAAGAGAGCGCAGAGGCGAGCAAGGCGAGCAAGGAUAAGAAACACUAGAGGAUGAUGUAGUACAGUAAAAUGAAGGCAUUUAAAAGAUGGGCUGUCUCCAAAGCAUAUCACCCUGGCACAUGCCGGUGCAAUAAAUCAUUUCAAUAAAUCUUGAA